ACUGCCGGCAGCCUGCACGCCAGACGCCGCCAUGAUCAUCCCGGUGCGCUGCUUCACCUGCGGGAAGAUCGUCGGCAACAAAUGGGAAGCCUACCUGGGUCUGCUGCAGGCCGAGUACACGGAGGGGGAUGCCCUGGACGCUCUGGGCCUAAAGCGCUACUGCUGCCGCCGCAUGCUGCUAGCACACGUGGACCUGAUUGAGAAGCUGCUGAACUAUGCACCCCUAGAGAAGUGACCGCUGGAGCCUGCCCUCCUCUGUCUCCUGCUGGCCACGGGCAGCCUGUCGUGCUAUGUUCAAACUGAGCUAUUGGGGAUGUUGGUGUAUUGCCUGGCUGUGGCCCUGUGGCUAAGUCCUGUUACCCUGGAAGGAACUGUUUAGUAAAGAUGUUUGCAGAACCACCAACAGGUCUAACUUCCAAGGUGCUCCAUGUCCAUGUCUGUGCUGUCUCUGAGGCUACCUGGCCUGCCUCCAGUCUUUCCCCUAGGGCUGGUCUCCUUCCCCUUCAUCUGACUGGGAGUCUCGUCCUGUGGAGGAGUACCCUGCUUCCGUUCCCCGGGGCCUUGACCACUUUGAUCAACGAGGUAGCCCUACAGUAGUCUUGUACCACAUUGCUUUAGGGCCUCUCCGCUUCCUGCCUGUGUUCAGGAUGGGCAUAAUGGAUGUGGGCACCACACCAUCCACAGGUAUGGAUGGGCCCAAGCCUGGUGACAAUAUUCCUUUGGAAUGCUGAGCGUGCUUGGAGGUCCCAAUCCUUGUGCUAGGGUUAUUAUGCAUUUGGGUAUUUGGUCUGCUUAUAAGUCUUUGUAUCACUGUGUCCCCACAGAGGCCAGAUCCCCUGAGAGUAAAGUUAUAGAAUGUAUAAGCUGCCAUCAGGUAUUGGGAAUCAAACCCAGAUUUAUUUACCUUUCAUUUUCCAAGACAGGGUUUCUCUGUUUGGCCUUGACUAUCCUGGAAUUCAACUCUGCAGACCAGGCUGGCCUUGAACUAAAGAGAUCAGUCUCUGCCUCCCGAGUGUUGAGUUUAAAGGACGGCUUGUGCCACCCAACCAAACCCAGAUACUGUAGGAGUACGCCCAAGGCCACAGGCCUCACGAAUUUCUUGGGUCCUAAAGCCCAUCAGCUGUGUGAGCCUAUCUGCUGCCCAUGCCUGAGGAUCUUGUUUCCAGAAUCUUCCCAGGCCCGACAGCUAGGCAGCCCUGCCCCUUGACCCAAUCCCCACAGCAUGUAGUCCUAAGAAGCCUACUCUAGGCCAAAGGAGGUGGUGUAGUGCUUUAGCUCCUAGGCAUCUGCAUCAAGUACCCCGGGUUCUUUCUAGCACAUUGAUCCCUUUGAGAAUUUUGGUGGGUUUUUUUGUUUUGUUUUUUGAGACCAGCUUUGGCUGGUUUGAAACUCACAACAGUCAGCCUGCCUUUACCUCUUGGAUUCUGGGAUUAAAGGUGUGUGUGGCAUAGCAUACCCACCCUACCCCACCCCUGGUUUUUUGUUGUUUUAAAGAAAAAGGCGGGCUGGUGAGAUGGCUCAGUGGGUAAGAGCACCCAACUGCUCUUCCAAAGGUCCAGAGUUCAAAUCCCAGCAACCACAUGGUGGCUCACAACCAUCCGCAACAAGAUCCUCUUCUGGAGUGUCUGAAGACAGCAACAGUGUACUUACAUAUAUUAAUAAAUAAAUCUU